UAUGAACUUCGAAAUGCUGAAUCGGUACACGCAGCCAAGGGGCGUUCACGCGCAGUCUGCACAAUCUACCACAGCUUCACGCGUCUUUCGUCAAUUUACAACCAAAUUUUUAACGCGUUUUUAAACAUCCGAGUUAUGUUCACGUGCGUGCUUAAGAUACCACAAACUGUUGUCUAGGUAGGAAGUACUACUUUCUGAGACACAGCUCCUUUGUGCGCGCUUUCGCUUUUAGUAGAAAUAAACCCGAAGUUAGGUAGGAGUUUCCUGAUUUAAAGAGCAGUCCGAUGCCAGGAAAACGAUGUAAAAUCAUCGGAAUAUUUUUGGAAACUCUCCCAGAAAGAAGCUGCCUCAGUUUGUCUAAAAAUAUGUAUUGCUUUUCGUAAAUUCGCAUUAGCGUACUCUCCGUACAGCUGUGAAGAUGUAUGUAGGAGAGGCAUGGAGCUGUUGCCCCUGUUUCUUGACUGAAGAGGAGAAAAAAAUUAUCGCUGUUCAAAAAGAAAUUAAACACAUGCUGGCGGAGCAGAAGAAAAGAGAACUCAGUGAGAUCAAAGUGCUAUUGUUAGGCACUGGAGAAAGUGGAAAGACGACUUUUAUUAAACAAAUGAGGAUAAUUCAUGGAAAUGGUUUUUCGGAGGAAGAAAGACGUGCUUUUGCUAAACUGGUUUACAGGAAUAUCUUCACAGUUUCGAAGGCAUUGACAGGGGCUAUGACUACAUUAAAGAUUCCUUAUGCCAACCCACAAAAUGAGGUGUACGGCCAACAAUUUCAGGAAGUGGAAAUAAAUCAGAUGACACAUUUGAACAAAAUGUAUGUUGUAGCAAUUCGUCGACUUUGGGCUGAUGCAGGUAUCAAAUUGUGUUACAGUCGUCGUAGAGAGUACCAGCUACUGGACUCUACAGAAUACUACAUGACAAAUUUAGACCGUAUCGCAUCCGAAGACUACAUCCCUACGGCCCAGGAUGUGCUCAGAGUCCGGUUUCCCACCACAGGCAUCUCUGACUAUUCCUUUAGUACAGACAAGAUGAACCUCAGGAUUGUUGAUGUGGGUGGCCAGAAGUCAGAAAGGAAAAAAUGGAUCCACUGCUUUGAGAAUGUGACAUCUCUCAUAUUUUUAGCCUCUCUCAGCGAGUAUGACCAAGUGCUGGAGGAGAACGACAAAGAAAACCGCAUGAAGGAGAGCUUGUCGCUGUUUUACACCAUCAUCCACUCGAAGUGGUUCGCCAAUGCCUCUAUUAUCCUUUUUCUAAACAAAACGGACAUCCUGGAGGAAAAGAUUCAGACGUCAGACUUACAAAUAUACUUCCCAGAUUUCAAAGGGAAACGUCGAGACUCCAAAGAAGCCAUGGAGUUCAUCUUAAAGAUUUAUGAACAGAAGGCCACCAAUGUUGAGAACAAAGACUGUAAAGACAUCUACUCUCACUUCACCUGUGCUACGGACACCGAUAACAUCCGGAAGGUUUUUAAUGCUGUGAAAAAGACAGUAUUUGUUAACGUGCUGAAGACAUAUGCAGUACUCUAAACUGGCCCAAAAUUCACCAAUGAAGCCCUGAACCUUUCACCGAUCUUGCUUUUUUUCUGGUUUUAUAGUCAAUUUAAUUCAUUGACCUACAUAGAAUUCGCAAAGGAUGCUGGUUAUUGUUUAUCCUUGUCCAGUGUCAAUGCAACCCUUGCUUACUUUAUUUCAAGUGUGGCAAUAAGUCAAAAGUAUAC